AUGUCAUACAAAACUAAAGAAGAUACUAAUGAUACCAAAAAAGGAGACAAUGCCAAAGACGAAGAUGAUGAUGACAAUGACGAAAUUGAUAAAGAAAUAUCAUACGAAAAUGACCACAAAAGUGGCGAAAUUGAUGAUAAUUUAUUAAAUUUAAUAAUCCAAACAAAUGCCAAACUUAAAGAGUUUGUCAAUUUAAAUAAUCAAUGGGAUACUGAAAUGGACCAUUAUCCUGCUCAAGGAGAACCAAACUUACGAAUAUUGAAAAAUUUACAACACAUAAAGGUAAAUAAUAAGUUUUGGAUUAAUAAUGUCAAUGAAUUUUGCAAUUCUAGCAUUUUUUUGACAAAUGAUGGUGGUAAAUCAUCUCAACAUUUGCUUAGUUAUAUUUUGGAUGGUAAUACGACUUUAAAAGAAAAUAACGCACAGACAGCAGAUCACUCGCUCAGUUAUAUUUUAAAUAAUGAUCAAGAAGAGUCGCUAGUUUCAACAAGUAGUUAUUGGACUAAAGAAUUAGGAGAAAGCAGUAAAAAUUCAUAUAAUACAGGUGCAAUGAUUUAUUAUUAUGAUUCGAGUAAAGAACAUGAAACUGAAAUAAAAGCCGCUUGUUCCAAACUGUCAAAGAAUAUCUUUAACAUUUAUGAAACUUCAUUGGAACAAGAAGUACAAGCAGACUAUAUGAGAAAAGAUCAAUUUCUUCAAACCAAUAAUUUAGUUAGUGCUGAUGAAGGAAGAAGAUUAUAUAAAGAAUAUAAAGAAAAAUGUAAAAAAGAAAGGUAUGAAUAUUUAAGAAAUUUAUAUAUUGGCACGAAUAGAAGAAAUGAUUUAUUAGAAAAUGAAAUUAAUGAUGAGAAGGAUGAAGAGGAUGAGGAGAGUGAGGAGGAUGAGGAGGAUGAGAAAAGGAUAGAUUUAUUAUUUUAA